AUGUUAGCCACUCAGUUCAAAAAGCACUUCAUCGCUGGGAGUAGGCAAACAAAGACUAGAGUUCAUUUGAUGACGGUGAAGCAAGGAGAAAAUGAAAGUCUUAAGGACUACAUCAAGAGGUUCAACACCGAGUCUCAGCUUUUUCCCGACCUCCAAGACAACGUUGCCUUCACAACCCUUCUCUUUGGCCUCAAGUCUAACAAGCUGAAGUUUAAACUUGUCCAUGACAAGGUGAGCACCUUCUCUGAAGCCAUGGAGAGAGCUGAAAGGAUCAUCAAAGCUAGUGAGGUGUGCAAGGCACCCGUAGCAAACAACAAGGGGAAGAGGAAGCAAGAAGAUAAUUAUCAUGAGAACAGGAAUAGAAGGCCGAGGAGGGCUGAGAGUGAUGAUGAAGGACUUAAGUACAAUGCUGAUAGGCGUGAGAUCUAUUUGGACAUAAAGCACAAGGCUAUUCUUCCUAAGCCUAACCCCAUGAACACGCCAAUAGAGCAGAGGAACAAGAAGCUUUGGUGUGAAUACCACAAGGAGUGUGGUUAUACCACCCGGAACUGCAGGGAGCUUAAGAGAGCCCUCAACAAGCUAUCUGAAGAAGGAAAGCUUAACAUAUAUCUCAAGUCCCCCCCCCGAAGGAUAAGCAAAGCAAGGCUGCCAAGGAAGUGCAAGAAUCCCAUAGCUCAGCGGACACUAACUUGA